AUGAAUUCGCAGUCCGGGGUAAACGAGCCCAAGACCCGGCGGGCCUGCGAACCCUGCAGGUUACCUACACCUCCAUUGCGAAAGAAGACAAAGUGUCCAGCCGAGAAGCCUGUCUGCUCGUUUUGUACUCGUCUUAACCAGACUUGCUACUACCUCCCUCGCGAUCGGCGACUGAAUGAAGGGAGAGGAAGCCGCGUGAUGAAGGGGUCGUCUAAGGAGCGCGUCAAGAACUUGGCGUCGAGGGUGGGCCAAAUCUAUGACAUGUUACAAUCACUUACCGAUAGAAACGAUGAUGCCACCGCGGAGCCAAUCUUGUCCUCCCUCUCUGAACAACGACUCAGCUCCACAAGCGAUAGUUACAUCAUAUCUAACCCCUCCAACUCGUCCGUCAGUCCGCCUUUCGAUGCAGAUGUUUGGUCUCCUUCCAACCCAGAGCCCCCAGCUCAAGUCUUGGAUUAUCUGGUCAACGUCUACAAAACCAAGAUCUACUUUCAGCCGCUUCCAUUUACCUCGAGGACCUCUGACGAUGAGGAGACAUAUUCGAGAUGCUACUGGAGCGUGUUCACAUUGGAGAAGGCGUAUUCGCCGGCGAUUAUGGUCUUGGACCGUCUCGACAAUCCGCCUCCGCUCCCUCCCAGCCCUCCUCUCCCUGCCCCCGCAGCAGACCCCGACACUGAAGGUGACAUUAUUACUUCAGACAACAGCGACCCAGGGAUCAUCGCUCCUAGCAUUCAGAUUAUUUCGAUAUGGGGAGAUAUCACAACAUAUCUAGGAGAAAUUCGACUUGGAAAGACAGAAAUACCAUGGUCCUCCAACUCAACCUAUUCACGACUCAUGGUGAGACUUCAAGAGUUUGAACUGGACCUCAGCCCACCUCACCGCUUCGAAAACAUUCUCGUCAAGCGUCGGACUCCCGCGGAGCUCCUCAGCUACCGAGAGUACUGGACGCCGUGGACAAUAAUGCAACUAUCCUCUCACGCAGCCCUGGCAGUGCUCCACCAUCCCUUCAUUCACCUAGUGGCCCUGCGGGAUCGGUCUCGCAAGACGCAACCCAAGAUCUUUCUUCAACAGGUCGUGGAUCAGGCCCUAUUUCACACAGGCUGGGUGAUUCGGUUGUUGCAGACCUUCGAACAGAUGGAGCUCGAAGUAAAUGAUCCUGUGAUGGGACAUCAGGUUGCGGCGACUGCGAUUAUUCCCUGGCUUUUCCAGUUUGCGCAAGAUCAUCAUAUUGCAGAGAAAGCACGCGAAGGUCUUUAUCUAUGUGAGAGGUUCCUUGAGCGCCUUUCUCUUCGCUGGCCUCAUAUACGCUACAAGCUGCGAGUCCUCCGUGAUCUUCAUUCCGCGGCCGAGAACGGUCUGGACAGUUCCAUGGUCACUUUCAACACCGCCAGUUUCUGGAAGAUCCUCGACUCGCCUCCUCCAGACAACAUUUCAGGCGAUCCCUGCAACUCGGCUGACGCAUCAACAUCGUCUAACAACGAUCCAAACGCUACUCUUCGUGUCACGACUAAGUUUGUUCAGCCUUGGGUGGAUGAGCACUCGGGACAGAAGAUGAGCCAAGUCGACCCGCCGUUCUUCUCGCCUGAUGCGGGUAGCGAUUCUAUGGGGCAAGUCUCACUGGAUGACUUCUUUUCGCAGUUUGCGAUGAAUGAGGCGUUGUGGACUCAACCAGGCGUUGGGAACUCGGGCUUGAUAUAG